AUGGCCUCUAAAACUCUCACCAUGAAACUCUUCUCACUACUAGUUUUUUCAUAUGCCAUCAUCAAAAUGGCAACUGCCAGUGAUCCAAACAUCUUAAUAUAUUUUCUAGUCCCCAAAAACUUUAGCGUUGUUGAUGGAAACUUUUUCACAUUUAUUGGCAUGCAUUCCCUUAUCGGAGCAAAACCUCCUACAACAUUUAAGGUCUUUAAAGCAAGCUUAGUUGAAUUCCCAGCUCUGGAAGGACAAAGUGUUUCCUAUGUUAUCCUUGAAUUUGCAAAUGGCUCCACUAAUCCACCCCACAUCCAUCCCCGCUCAGCUGAGCUCCUUUUUCUUGUUGAGGGUUCUCUGCAGGUAGGGUUUGUUGAUACAACCAACAAGCUCUACACUCAAAUACUUCAAACUGGUGAUAGGUUUGUGUUUCCCAAAGGACUUGUUCACUUUCAGUACAAUGCUAACUCUGAAAAUUCUGCUAUAGCGAUUGCAUCUUUUGGGAGUGCAAAUGCUAGAACUGUUUCACUUCCAAACACUUUGUUUGCCACUGGGAUCAAUGACACUGUGUUGGCUAAAUCCUUCAAGACCGAUGUUCCCACCAUUCAAGCUCUUAAGGAUGGUCUUGUUCCCUAG